GCGCUGGUUUUAUUUCCCGCCCUCACAGUCCCCGGAUGGACGCUGGUUUUAUUUCCCGCCCUCACAGUCCCCGGAUGGACGCUGGUUUUAUUUCCCGCCCUCACAGUCCCCGGAUGGACGCUGGUUUUAUUUCCCGCCCUCACAGUCCCCGGAUGGGCGCUGGUUUUAUUUCCCGCCCUCACAGUCCCCGGAUGGGCGCUGGUUUUAAUUCCGUUCUCUGAUGAAGCGGAUGGUCGGCGGGGAGCUGGCGGACGGUUCGCUGUCUGCGGGGCAAAUAGAGCAAGUUCCCGUCGAUGUUCCUUACCUGCUGAGUGAUUCUAGUGAUUCCAGUUUCUCUUUAUUACAUUCACCGUGAAACAUUUUAAAUCUCCUGCGAAUGGACCAGUGCACCAGCGCUCAUUUUGUGAGAGUUGAUAGAAGAUAAAGUGCUUCAUUAUCUCUCCAGUUAAAGUUAGAUCUGGGCUGAGAGAUUUAUUGGAAGAAAAGCCCAUGACUGGAACAAAACCACAACUGAAGAUGAGGGAACAGCAACAAUGAAACAGCCCGAGGACUGAGAGCACCAACUGAAGGGAGCCCUUCUGAAUCACAGUUUCCAUUGAUUCACUCAGGAGAAAGUUUGGGCAUCACCAGCAGGUGGAGCUGUCCUGCACCGUGACCAAAGUGUAAACAAGACGACGACAAUCAACAAUCGUCAGUCAGAAUCAGAAUGGCUACAGGUUACAAAUGACAAGGAAUUUGUCUAUGGGAAUCUCGAACACAAUACGCCAAUUUUGCUGUCUCUGACCAGAUAUUUAAGAAGUGGAGCAAGGAUUCACUCGAUCAUCCUUCCUGCUCAGACUGUGGGGAGGGAUUCACUUGAUCAUCUGACCGACUGGCAUUCUCGUAAUUUUACACAGGGGGGAACCCAUUCAUCUGCUUCAGACAGUGGGAAUGGAUUCAGUCAGUCAUCUCAUAUGAAGGUAUAUUAGCAAGUUCACACUGGGACAAGGCCAUUCACCUUUUCUGUGUGUGAGAACGGAUUCAGUCGGUCUUCCCACCUGUGGACACUCCAUUCAGUUCACACUGGGCAGAGGCUGGCCAUCUGCUGAAUUUGUGGGGAAGGAUUCACUUGGUCAUCUGAACUAAUGGCUCACCAGCGAGUUCACACCGGGGAGCGGCCGUUUAUUUGCUCGGACUGUGGGAAGGGAUUCACUUGCUCAUCUAAACUAAAGGUACAUCAGAGACUUCACACUGGGGAGUGGCCGUUCACCUGCUCAGACUGUGGGAAGGGAUUCACUGAGUCAUUUCCCCUCAAAAGGCACCAGUCAGUUCACACCGGGGAGCGGCCAUUUACCUGCUCAGACUGUGGGAAGGGAUUCACUGAGUCAUUUCACCUCAGAAGGCACCAGUCAGUUCACACUGGGGAGAGGCCAUUCACCAGCUCGGACUGUGGGAAGGGAUUCACUGAGUCAUUUCACCUCAGAAGACACCAAUCAGUUCAAACUGGGAAGAGGCCAUUCACCUGCUCAGACUGUGGGAAGGGAUUCACCGUAUCAGCUCACCUACUGAUUCACCAGUCAGUUCACACUGCAGUGAGGGAUUUCACCUGCUCAGUCUGUGAUAAGACAUUCACUCAGUCAUCCAACCUGCAGAGACACCAGCGAGUUCACACCGGGGAGAAGCCAUUCACCUGCUCAUACUGUGGAAAGGGAUUCACUCGGUCAUCCCACCUGCAGAGUCACCAGCGAGUUCACACUGGGGAGUGGCCGUUCACCUGCUCAGACUGUGGGAAGGGAUUCACUCAGGCAUCUCACCUACGGAGACACCAGUCAGUUCACACUGGGGAGAGGCCGUUCACCUGCUCAGUCUGUGGGAAGACAUUCACUCAGUCAUCCAACCUACAGACACACCAGCGAAUUCACACUGGGGAGAAGCCUUUCACCUGCUCAGACUGUGGGAAGGGAUUCACACAGUUAGCUAGCUUACAAGCACAUCAGUCAGUUCACAUUGGGAAGAGGCCGUUCACCUGCUCAGACUGUGGGAAGGGAUUCACACAGUUAGCUAGCCUACAAGCACACCAGUCAGUUCACACUGGGAAGAGGCCGUUCACCUGCUCAGACUGUGGGAAGGGAUUCACCACAUCGUCUCACCUACUGAGUCACCAGUCAGUUCACACUGGGGAGAAGCCAUUCACCUGCCCAGACUGUGGGAAGAGAUUCUCUCAGUCAUCUCACCUACAUACACACCAGCGAGUUCACACUGGGGAGAAGCUGUUCACCUGCUCACACUGUGGAAAGGGAUUCACUCGAUCAUCCACCCUACAGAGUCACCAGCGAGUUCACACUGCAGAGUGACUGUUCAGCUGCUCAGACUGUGGGAAGGGAUCCACUCAGGCAUCUCACUUACCGAGACACCAGUCAGUUCACUCUGGGGAGUGGCCAUUCACCUGCUCAGACUGUGGGAAGGGAUUCAGUCAGUCAUCUGAUCUGUUGGCACACCAGCGAGUUCACACUGGGGAGAGGCCUUUCACCUGCUGUGAAUGUGGGAAGGCAUUAACAUGAUCAUCUCAUCUACCAAAACACCAGCGAGUUCACACUGGUUAGAGGCUGAUCACCUGCUCAGACUUUGGGAAGAGAUUCUCUCAGCCAUCUCCACCAAAUAUGCAUCAUUGAGUUCACACUGGGGAGAGGGCCGUUCACCUGUUGUGAACGGGGAAGGGAUUCACUCAGUAAUCUAACCUUGUGACACACUACCAGGUUCACACUGGGGAGAAAGUUUCAAUAAGCUGCAUGCUGGAUAUUUGUCUAUCACCAUUGCUGAAUGCAAUUUUGAGAGAGACUGUCGGUGCUGAACUCUGCAAUUAUUGCUGCUGCUCACCACUCCCAGUUCUGCACCCUGGUCACUGGGCAUGGGAGGAGUUUCUUCUGCUGCAUAUUCACCUUUAAUGGGACUGGAGUUUAAUAUUCUGGAUCUGAGACAAAUAAAUCAGUUCUAUUUUGAA